AUGCCUAAAACCAACAAAAAACGUCGUCAAUUGCUCGAUUUCUCGCAGACAGACAACAAAAAAGUUGCAGUAAUUGAAUGUGGCCAUCCCAAACAUCAAGAAUAUCUUGACGCGCAAAAAAACAACAACGGGACUAGUAACAAAAACACUAGUAGCCUUGUUCGGGUUCCUCAACGUAUGGUGAUGGCGCUUGACAUCAACAGAGAUACAAAGAUUUGCACUAGAUGUUUGAAUAAAACUGAUAAAGAUCCCGUGUAUCUCAAUCAUCCAAAAUUCGUCACGCGUAAAUCGCAAACCAAGAAAAAUCUGUUAGAAAAUCUUAAGAUUGAAAUGGAAGGAUUUAAGCUUGAUGAAAAUCUUUCUCGUUUACUCAGGGAUGAUUCCCUAUGUGACUUGAAAAUACUGCUUCCUAAUGGAAUCCCUGUUCCUUCUCAUAAAUCGAUUCUAGUUGCGAGAUCAUAUACCAUCCGCGAAUAUUUUCAAAAGAUUAGCGCACAACCACCAAAUUCUCCAUUGAUAGGCGAAACAGAAUAUACCAAAUGGGAAGAUGCGGUUAAUGCUACCGAUAAUAUUGAGCACGUCUCUCUUGAGGCUAUCAUCGGAAAUAUCUCCAUUGUGAAAACCUCGAUUUCCAAAGCGUAUUUAGGGAUUAAUCAAUACUUUUAUGAAGACGUUAUCGAUUGGGAAGAGCACAACCAAUCUCCUCACGAUUUUGUCGCAUUCAUUCUACUCGUGAAUAAAUUGCGUAUCGAUCACUUGAAGCAACCAAUUUUGGAUCACUUGGAGAAAUAUUUAUCCACCAGUAACGCGGUUCCCUUCAUGAAUCAGAUGACAGAAUGGUUCUUGAAUGACGACAUUUUGAUGAAAUGUGUUGAAUAUUUCUUUCGAGUUAAGGCAUUUGAGGGCGAGAUAUUUGAGCAACAUGAAAUGCAGAAUCUUCUUCUCGCGGCGGUAAAAUUCUUACUUGGAAACUUUGAUAAUUUAUUGGAGGACGACACCAAGGAUAGUGAUCAAGAAAUCAUCAAAUUCAAGUUUGUUAUGCGUUGGGUUAAAGCUCACUACGAGAUCAUCCAUGAAAUUCAAGGCGAAAAACUUCUCGAAUACAUUGAUUUUGACUUGCUUGAACCUAAAAUAGUCGCAAGACAGGGCCCUUUGUUAACGUUAACCCACGAAUUUGAACACGGAGGAUUAGUCACGACUAUUUCUCUUGAGGAUAUCAUCGGACCUACUCCUAUUGACAAAGGCAUUAUUCCUGGCGCUUAUCAAGAAAUCCAUAGAUACUUCUAUCAAGAUGUUAUCGUAUGGGAAGAGCAUCAAAAAUCGCAUAAUCACCUUGCAGCAUUUAUCUUGCUUGUGAAUAAAUUAAAUAUAGAGCAUUUGAAGCAGCCGAUACUAAAUCACGUGGAUGAAUAUUUAUCAGCCAAUGAUGCAGUUCCCUUCACGAAUGAGAUGACGGAACUUUUCCUGAAUGAUGAAAACAGUAACAACGGGCUUUAUAGAAAGGUUUUGAUGAUAUGUGUUAAAUAUCUCUUCCGGAUGAAUGCAUUUAUGAGUACACAAUACGAACAGCACGGCAUGCAAAAACUCCUUCUUUCGGCCGUGAAAUUUAUACUUGAAAAUUUUAAUGUAUCAAGAGAUAGCAACGAUAAUUGUCUUCUAUUCGAAUUCAUUAUACGUUGGGCAAAAGAUCAUGAUGAUAUAGUUCCUGAUAUUCAGGGUGAAAAACUGCUCGAAUACAUUAAUUUUGAUUUGCUUGACUUGAGGCUUAUUGUAAAAGAGUUUGGUCAGAUUAGAAAGCUCUCAACCGCCCUACGAAACGAUAUCUCCGACAGAUUAUUAGUUUAUUUAACAACCAAGAACAUCGAGCUAGAAGAAACUCUCAAAGUUAAACAAGUUAAACACGACUCUGAAAAGAAUAAUAAACUACUCAACAUAUCAGUAAAGUCUCUAGAUCAAAUGCAAAAACUCGUCCAAAAUAAAUUUGAGAGAGUAUUUACUCCGUUAAUCAACAAAAAACGGCAAAGAAAAAGGAAAUUUAGCAGUGAUCCGAUGAGUGGGUUUUAUUCAAAGAUUUACGACAUGCCAAAAUUAAUUCUUGUGAAAAAUCUUUUAUUUCAAAUCCUCUUUCGUGCAGUUUCUGCCGAAUAUCUCACUCCGGAUGAAGUCAAACUGUGUAAGUUGUAUUGCUCCUCGUUUGUGUGCAAAGCGACAAAAUUAUUAAACGCGGCUAGAGAUGGAUUUAUUCAAAAUCUACCGUAA